ACAACGCUUGGAACAUAUCAAAUAUCGGUUCAAUGAGAAAUAAUGAAGUAGGGAAUGCAAAAAUCUCUAAUGUGUCUAGUGGGAGAAGAUACUUAUUUUCAAUGAUAAUGAAUUGUGAUAUCGCGACAAAUAAACAUGGCGCUUAUUUGAUACUGGAGCCUUUUACUUCGGACAAGCCGCAAGCCUUGUCGCAAUUUACACCAACUCAGACAUUUCGUUUUUUGCAUUUGUUCUCGGAUCAUUCAAACAAUUCGCGAUACAGUGAAUGUAUCGUCUGUAUUUCGAACUGUUUUCGAGGGGAAACGUUUGAUAAACCUGCACGUCAUACAUGUCAAAAUGGCCCGGGAAUAUGAUCAUUUAUUUAAGCUUCUAAUAAUAGGAGAUAGUGGUGUAGGCAAAAGUUCACUGCUCCUACGAUUUGCUGACAAUACUUUUAAUGGCAGUUACAUAACAACGAUAGGAGUGGAUUUUAAAAUACAAACAGUGGAUAUAGAUGGUGAGAGAGUAAAGCUCCAAAUUUGGGAUACAGCUGGGCAAGAACGAUUUCGGACAAUAACUUCAACUUACUACAGGGGAACACAUGGUGUUAUAGUUGUUUAUGAUGUGACCAGUGGUGAUUCCUUUGCUAACGUUAAGCGAUGGUUACAUGAAAUCGAACAAAAUUGUGAUGUAGUCAACAGGGUACUUGUAGGAAAUAAGAAUGAUUCACCUAAUGAAAAGGUGGUAUUAACAGAAGAUGCACAAAGAUUUGCUAAUCAAAUGGGAAUUCAAUUAUUUGAAACUUCUGCUAAAGACAACAUUAAUGUUCAAGAAAUGUUUAUGGCUAUAACGCGGCAAGUAUUAAGAACCAAAAAAGAAAGGAAGGAACGGCAAGCUAUACAGACCAGUGAAACAGUCAAUCUAAGAAAAAGCACAAAACAACAUAAAAAGAAAUGUUGUUAACAGGAUCAUAUAUGCAUGCAAUCUGUUCUUAAUAUCAUUUAAUACAGUACCGGAAAUAAACUGGCAACAAAACAGAGAGCAUCUAACAGCCACAAAAUGGUCACAUAACGUAACAAUGAUGUUUUUUAAAACUAUUGAGUUUUGUAUCUAAAUUAUAACAUCGAAGAUUGUAUUCUCAUAGACAUAUACUUUGAUGCUAGUAAUGUUCAAUAUACAUAGGAUGCAAAUGUUAUAAGUGUGUAGUGUUCAUUUAGCAAGAGUAACUUUGUAAGCAGCACACUUUUUAACAUGCUGCAUGUUCUGAUGUGGCAUUACAAAUAUAAAGGCCUAUUUAUAUUGUACAACUUGCAAACGAUAAGCACAAGAAAGAAAAAGACAUAAAAUUAUAUAGCUGCUUCAUGUUCAUAUUUUGCAUCGCAUACAAUUGUUUAUAAAGGAAAAUGGUAUAAAACAAAAGAUGAAAAAAAGAAUAUACAUUGUACAAAGCUUAAUCUAAAUUUUUUCAGCAAAAAGGAAAAUAAAAGUAUUACAUGCGUGAGACUUUGAUAAUUAUGGAUAAAUUUUUCUUAAUGAGUUACCAUAAUAUGAGUCCAAUAUUGUUAAUACAUAACAUUUAAUAUUUAACAAAACGAAGGCGAUCAAUAUUAUCAGCAGGUUGAGAUAAUUUUUAGCAUAUUUUAAUGUGUAAGGUUCCUGCAGUUUGAUGACGCUUUUUAACUGGCUUUAAAAACAUUAAAUUAAAACGAGCAGUGGAAAGUAUUUACGGUAUGACAGAGGCAAGCUUUGUAAUUGGCAUAAAAACGAUUACAUUGCAUUUAUAUAAGCAUUGUCAAUUUAACUUAAGCGAAGUAAUUUUUUUAUUCUAUUAUUAGUAAAAUAACGAAAAGUAUGAAUAUUUUAUCAUUACAUGAACAUCUUUUUUAUUCUAAAAACAUGUGUAUAAUAUAAAUUUGAUUACAAUACUAUCAGGAAUAUAUCAUUGAAAAUCACAAGUGUUUUUUAACGAUUCAGACAAAAAUUUCUUAGCAAAAGUAAUUGAGAAAAAUGUAAAGUUAAAAGCUUUGUAACAGCAGGAAAGAACACAUGAAUAUGUAAUAAUUUAUCAAGUUUGGUGAUAAAUAUAAUAUGGUUAACAUACUAUAUAUAAUAAUAAACAAUAAAUGUCUUUUUCCAUCUGUGAUAAUAGUUAGGAUACCUAUCCAGCUGCCGCUGUAAUACCGUCAGGAACAACUCCCAAUGAAUUAUUGUAAUUGAUGUUGUUGUAUUUUUUGGUCAGAAUAACAUAUCUUUUGAAUGAGACAAUGAAGCGGCAUCCUAUAACGUGUAAAUAUUCUACUUGCCAGUUUUAGUGGCAUGUCACAAGUAUUUCAAUCAAGCAUAUUCAAUAUUGUUUACUGUUAUACAGUUAUAACAUUGUAAUAUGAAUUAUUAUAUACUUUAAGAUAUAAAUAAAUAGAACUUUACGUGUACACAUAGGUACAUUA